AUGAGUUUCUGCCCGUCGUCGGUCGCAAGGAGGACCAAAGGCGAAGCAAUGACUGAAGGUGGCGAGAGGGAAGCACGCAGGUGCGCUGUCCUCUAUUCCGGAAGUCGUGACCAAUCGCGAUCGUCUCCGGGGUUCGAAGAGGCUGAAGAGACAGAGGGAAGAGAGGAGGCAGCGAGGAUUCUUCUUCUCGUCCGACUGCGGUGUGUGAAGGGGGAAAAGAAACGGGUCGACAGAAGAAGUGGAGGGUGCGAGGGUUCGAUCAGUGGGAAGGGAGGGUUCCUGUGUGGCCGAAGAGAAGGAAAAAGGGGAAAAGGCUUUGGUCUAGAAUUUCGGUGGGUUUGCUCGACGGAAGAAGUGGAGGGUGCGAGUGGCGCGAUCAGUGGGAAGGGAGGGUUCCUGUGUGGCCGAAGAGAAGGAAAAAGGGGAAAAGGCUUCGGUCUCGGUGGUGAUCGACGAGCAAUACGAAGAGGGACAGCCUCUCACCGGCGAUUUCCAGGGAAAUCGAUUGGUGUUUCUUCAUGUGUUCUUGACUGGAAGUCUGGAACUGGUGCAGAAUGA